CCUAGGCCAGUCACGUAGGCACGUGCCCGGGAAUGACUAAUCCGAGCUGCGGCCACCAUAUUUCUGCCGGGCGGAAACAGCGAGCGGUGUCAACGGCGGGGGGAUGUCAGCGACGGACCGUCCGGGUGCAUUCCGCCGCGCGGCGUCUAGGGUUCCUGUGGGGUUUGUGGGGCACGCCCAGACGCCUUGCUCAGGCUCCGACUCAGGAGCACCAGCCUCAUUAGGCCCCUGAGACGCGCUUUGCCCUGGAAAUCCCGCAGGUUCUUUCUGACGUAGAUCUCAGCUUCCCGAGCUAAUCAGUUUUCUAUCGACUAUUGGAUUUCGGAGGUGUGGCCAAAGGGGCGGAGCCUGUUGGCAUCCUGGAGCCGGUGCCUAGCAACGCGGGAGGCUGGGGGCCUGGAGCCCAAGGAGACCGCCAAGGACGGAGGUCCACCUGGAAGGUGCCUCAUGACAGACCCCCACGAGGAGCUUGACAAUACCCACUCACAGAGAAUCCCCAGGCCAUGGUUGAUCCAAACCCCACCAGAUAUCAUACAACGCAUCUUUGGGACCAGCCAGGUGUUCUACAGCAUGGACUCAAAACCAAGGACAACGGAGUCAACAGUACCUUUCAAAGUCAGAGAGUACUACCACCAAGGCCAUCAGUGCCUUGAGCAAGAAGACUGGGAGAUGGCUGUGGUGUUCUUCUCCCGUGCCCUCUACCUAGACCCCAAGCUGGUGGACUUCUACGUGUUCCGUGCUGAGGCCUUCAUCCAACUUUGCGACUUCUCCUCUGCUGCCCAGAACCUGCGCAGGGCCUACUCCCACCAACCAGACAAUGUCAAGUACCUGGAGAGGCUGGUCUUUGUCCUUUAUCUGCAGGGCCAAUGUCUCUAUGAGCAAUGUGACUUCCAGGCCGCCCUCAAUGUCUUCUUGCAAGCCUCUGAGCUCCAGCCCCAGAACCCCUCCUUCCGUUAUCGAAGCAUGGCCUGCCUGCUGGCCCUCAAGAAGCAUCAGGACUGCCUGGCAUGCAUCACCAGGGAAACGAAACAGGGCAAUGUCAACACUGAUGUCUACAUCCUUCGGGCCCGGAUCUACAACUUCUUCCAGAAGCCGAAGCUCUGCUAUCAAGACCUGCGCAGUGCCUUGCUGUUGGAGCCCAAGCACCCACAGGCCAAAGGGCUGCUCCAGAUGAUGGUGGACCAGGCCCAGCAGGCCUGCCAAGAUGCCAGCAUCCUGGCUGUGCAGGGCAGGCUGCAGCGAGCUCUGAAACAUAUCAACUGUGCCAUUGAGAACAACCCCCUAGAUCCCAGCCUCUUCCUCUUCUGGGGCACCUUGUACCGACGGCUAAAGGAAUUUGACCCCGCGGUGGAAGACUUCCUGAAGGCGCUGGACAUGGUGAGUGACAGCCAGGACCACCUGGUGAAGCAGGCCCAGCGCCAGCUCCUGCUGACCUACAACGACUUCGCUGUGCACUGCUACUCUCAAGGGGCCUACCAGGAGGGUGUGCGGCUGCUGAACAAGGCGAUCAAGGACAAGCAGAACGAAAAGGGCCUGUACAUCAACCGUGGAGAUUGCUUUUUCCAGAUGGGCAACCUGGUCUUUGCGGAGGCGGAUUACAAGCAGGCACUGGCGCUAAAUCCUCAGGAUGAGGGGGUCAACAUACGCAUGGGCAUGUUGCAGGAAAAGAUGGGCUUCUGCGAACAGACUCAUGGGCAGUUCCAAAAAGCAGAAGACCACUUCUCAGUGGCCAUUAAGCACAAUCCUGAGAAAGCCCAGUACUACCUGCACCGGGCCAGGAGCCGACAGCUUCUGCAGAACCUUUUUGGGGCCCGCCAGGAUAUGGCCACUGUGCUGCUCCUGAACCCCAACCAGCCAAAGGUGAUGCCACUGAUGACCAACCUCUUCCCUGGCAUGACGGUGGAGGAAGUGCUGGGAAGCCAGGUGGCCCACCUGGCCAAACUGCAGCUACGUCAAAUGGUGGAAAGCGGCCCUAAGGCCAGCUACCCUCAAAGCAUUGUGGCGCAACGGUUAAUGGAGCGCCAGAAGGCCCAGGCCCUUCUACAGCAAUUCCAGAGGUAUCAACAGCCUUUCCCUGAGAUCCCGGAAGAGCCAGAGACUGUCUCCGGGAUCCUGCAGGAAAAGCUGACAGGCCUGGGGGAGAAGGAUGAGGGAGAAGAAGCAGAGAAAAAGGUCAAACAGGGACUUUCAUCUCACAGGGUGACAUCCCUGACUGACAGCUAUGUGGACCAGACCUCCUCAGGCUCAGUCUUCAGCAUGGACAGCAUUGGCACCUCAGAGGUGGACAUGUCCACCAGCCAGGAGUACAGGAGCACCUCCAACGUUGCUGCCUCACUCUCUGAGGCCUCGCUGCCAAAGCCUCAGCCCUCAGACUCCAGUAGGGAGGACCUCGGCCUGAGUGGGGACCCCAGGAUGAUAAACACUUCUCAGUACCAGAGCCAGAGAUCCAGCAAGACCACAGCUGCCCAUGACCAAAGGCAGAACUCUAGCAUGACAGAGGCCACCAAGGGCCCAAAGCCAAGGCCCACCAAGAACAGGGCUGCUCUGAGUCCAAAGCAGAGAUACAGAAGAGCCAAGGCUGUCCGUGCUCAGAACUGGAAACCCAAGACCAGUGAGCCCCAGAACCAUGGCCUGAAGCUGGCUCGGACUCCCAGCAAGAUUCAGCUUUAUGUCGGAGGCUGGAGCCUCAGGGGUGCCAGUGAGACCCAGGACCUGCCGCCAAGGCCCAGCAAGACUGAGGUGGCCUCAAGCAAGACUGAUGCUGUCUGGGGACAGAGUCCACGCAUCAGCAAAUCCAAGGCUUCCCAGGACCAGGACCAGAGCCCCAAAGAGGUGGUGACUGUCCCCACGCCCAGCCACUAUGCUGAUAACUAAAGGGGCCAAUGAA